AUGGGAAAUCCUCAUGUUCUGGUUGGCCAUGUACUUCCUCUAUUGGAGCUCUCACAGUGCUUACUGAAUCGUGGCAUCAGAAUUACAUUUGUGAACACAGAGGAAAAUCAUAAGAGGGUCAUGGGGUAUUGGCACGGAAGGAUGGAGUCUUCUUCUGAGAUAACAACGACAUGUCAAUCCGCAGAGAAGUUUCUUGAAGCAAUCUUCUGGCUUAUGCCAAAAAAAGUUGAGGAGCUGAUUCAUCAGAUUAAUGCAUCAGAUAGUGAUAAUAAGAUCACUUGUGUUCUAGCUAAUCCAGUUCUUAACUGGCCCAUGGAAAUUGCAGUGAAGAAGGGAAUCAGGCGAGCUGUCUUCUAUUGUGCAGCAGCUUCACAGCUCCUCUUAAGAUCAGGAAUUCAAAAGUUGAUUGAUGAUGAAAUUUUUGACCAUGAUGGGACUCCAAAGAAAGAAGUGUUUCAGCUAUCGCCAACCAUGCCUGUCAUGAGCAGAGCACACAUAGGAUUUCUCUGGCUUGGCAAAUCAGAAGCGCAGAAACUCUUCUUUGAAAACUCUGUCAAAAACAACCUAUCAAUAAAACUGGCUGAGUGGGUGCUUUGCAAUUCAACUCAUGACCUUGAGCCUGCAGCUUUUAACUCUGAUCCAAACUUCAUACAAAUCGGUCCACUUUUAGCAAGGAACCGACUGGGAGACUGUGCAGGCAGCUUCUGGCAAGAGGACUUAGCUUGUUUGAAAUGGCUCGAUCAGCAACAACCGCAGUCAGUUAUAUACAUUGGCUUUGGCAGAACAACAGUUUUCAACCGAACCCAGUUCCAGGAACUGGCUCUGGGACUUGAACUCUCCAACAGACCGUUCCUCUGGGUCGUUCGUCCUGAUGUCACAGCCAAAAUAAAUGAUGCUUACCCUGAAGGAUUCAAAGACAGAGUCAAGACUCGAGGGUAUAUAGUUAGUUGGGCACCUCAGCAGAAGGUUUUGGGACAUCCUUCCAUUGCUUGCUUCAUAAGUCACUGUGGAUGGAACUCCACCAUGGAAGGCAUCGGCAAUUGGGGUACCGUUCUUGUGUUGGCCGUACUUCGCGGACCAGAUGCACAAUGA